UUGCUUCAAUUAACAACUUCUCCAAUAAGCACCCACUUAAUUUCGCAGCUUGUUCUGUUAAAAACUUGUUUUGCCCUCUUAAUAACAUUGUGGUUGAUAAUAUUUUGCAGAUGAAAGGUUCUCAAGAACCUGGUGCAACAUCCAAGCACCAAAUGUUGAAGUAUUAGUGUUGAAUUUUCGGACGAGAAGCUACACAUUACCCGAGUUCAUAGCAGGAAUGGAUAACCUAAAGGCUUUAGUUAUCACGAAUCACGGCAUUCUCCCAGCUGAACUGACAAACUUUCCACUUCUUAGUUCUCUUUCCAACCUGAAGAAGAUCAGACUAGAGAAAGUCUCAAUUCCACCAUGUGGGUUCACGUCGACACGGUUCGAGAAGCUUGAGAAGAUAAGUUUGGUCCUUUGCCAUAUUAGCCAGGCUUUGACUUCCUCAUCCAACCUUGUUAUAUCAGAAGCACUUCCAAAUCUGAUGGAGAUCAACAUUGACUACUGCAACGAUCUGGUAGAGUUGCCACCGGAGAUCGGUCAGCUUGCCGAGAUGAAAAGGCUAAGAAUCACUAAUUGCCACAACUUGACUGCACUGCCUAGAGAAAUCGGCGGGCUGGUGAAUUUAGAGGAAUUGAGAAUUAGUUCUUGCAUAGAAAUUGCUGAGCUGCCUGAUUCAAUUGGAAACCUUCACAAACUGAGCAGCCUGGAUAUCUCGGAAUGUGCAGAUAUCAAAAGACUGCCUGAACAGAUUAGGGAGCUGCAGAAUCUACGGAGGAUUCAGAUGAUGGGUUGCUCAAAAGACUUCGAGUUGCCAGAGUCGAUCUUGAAUCUCGAGCAUCUUGAGGAAGUGAAGUGUGAUGAAGAAACUGCAGGUGUAUGGCAACCUUUUGUCGGUUUUCUUGAGAAUUUGACCAUUAAGGUUAAUAAAGAAGACAUAAAUUUGAACUGGCUCAAUGGUGGUCGUUUCUGAUUUUGUCAAGCCAAAAAAAAGUACCCCUCAAAUUGUGUCGCAAAUCCACUUCCCCUUGCCCUUGAGCAACUGAUAUAUUAAUAGAUGAGAGUAGCAAGUUACCCCCAAUCACUAUUCAGUUAGGGGGUAAACUGCCGUGCAUGCAUCCACACGGAACAAUUCCGUGGUUGCUUUCGUUGAUGAGUUAUAUUGCUGCCCAAUUACUUCUGGCCAUUGAUGUUCUUGAAGGGCAGCUCCCCAAGUUUAAGGCUCAUAUGCCUAUUGAGUGUGUGUUAAGUGAUAAACCAAGUUACUUAGAACCCUGUUCAUUUGAGGCUAUACUAUAGCAUAUGUCUAUUGAUUUUUUCUAAGGAGUUUAUCAGGCGAUGGGCUGCCCAUCGAUUUACCUACGACCUCCUUUAAUCUCCGAGGCAAUGAACUAUAGAGCAGUGAAUGAACUUAAAAAUGGUUCUGAUUUCCAGGAUGACCUAUUGCAAUGGAUGCCUAAGAAUCUCUUAUUUCCUUGAAGUUGAGCUUUGAGCUUUUCACAUCCAGAAUCUUUUCUUUUCUUCCCCCUCUGACCUUUAAUCUGUAACAGUGGGAAUAAUCUCUUGUAGUAUGG